UGCAAGAAAUGAGGAAUUUACUGAUGGAGCUCAUCACUACUGUGAGACAACAGGGAGCAGCACCAGCUCCACAACCGGUCCCUGCACCACCACCGCCUUAUGUACCACCACCUCCACCUCCCGUACAACCGGUUGCAGCUCCUGCACCUGCACCACCUGUGAUGAAUGCGGAAUUUUUUCAGUUCCUUGAUCGAGUGGAGCGUCGUACAGCUCCAAGAUUUGGUGGUACAUCUGAUCCAGCUGUGGCCGAGGAUUGGUUGGACAGGAUGACUCAGAUAUUUGAUCUUAUCCAGUGUCCUGAUCUUUUUAGGGCACACAUAUCCAUCUACCAUCUGGAUGGAGAGGCGAGACACUGGUGGAAAGGAGUUGCCCAACCAUUUGGGACAAACUAUCAGUUCACUUGGGGACAAUUCGUCCAUGCAUUUCGAGAGAAAUAUUACUCACCUGGAGUACAAGAGGAGAUGGCGAUGAAGCUUAUUAGCCUUCAACAAGGAAAUCGUUCAGUGAAAGAAUAUGAGAGGGAAUUCAAUUCAUUGGCUAGAUAUGGAGGUGAGAUGCUGCAAACAGAGACCUUAAGGGUUAAGAAGUUCGUAAGAGGACUUCGUCCAUCUCUCAAGGCAAAGGUAGGUUUCGAACAACCACAUAUAUCUCAUUGAGAUAAUGUUACCUUGCUAAUUUGAGAUUGUUUAUCUAUAUGUGGAACUUUUGAAAAUUAACUCGAUGUCAGAAAUAGUUGAUAUGGCUGAUCGAGCUGAGAGAACAGAACGUGAAAUCGAAGCAUCUACUAAGAGGUCGACUAACCCCAGUCAUAGGCGUAUAGCCCAAGAUGACAAGAGUAAGGGUAAGGCGGUUGUGCAACCUUAUACAUCCGGUAUCCCGAUGUGCUCACAAUGUGGGAGACGUCACUUUGGCGAGUGUAGAUUGCUCCAGAUUACUUGUUUCCACUGUGGAAGGGCGGGAUAUUAUAAGAGCGAUUGUCCCGAGUUAAAAAGAGAAGCACCUAAGAGGAUUGAACAAAGACCAGUUCAUCAACAACCAGCUGCUAAGAGACCAGCGGUGAAGCCUAGGGUCUAUGCUCUACGAACUGAAGUGCAAGAGGAAGAAGAAACGACAACAAUCAUAGGUGAAGAAAAUCUCGAGGUUAUUGAACCCGGGAUCGAGGAUUAGAGCGAAUCUUUCAGAGUUCAUCGUUUAGACCAAGGUGAGGGAACUCGACAGAUCUCCUCUUUCUUCUAUUCGCUUAGACAUGAUGAUAGAGAACAUAGAUACCAUGCGGUUAGGACUUUAGGAUAGACGCCUUAAAUUCCUUGCGGAUUCAUGAUGUAUGUUGAUUGAUGAUUGAUGAUUGAUGAAGGACGAUUAAUGAUUGAGAAUCGAUGAUUUAUGAAUAAUGCAUGAUGAUUGAUGAUUGAUAAAUUUCCGUUGAGUGAUUAUGGUUUAUGACGCACAUGUUAUGUGAUGACGUUUUUUUUAAUAGGUUAUUAGCUCGUUAGAAUGAGUUGUACUUAUGAUAUUAAAUAAACUUUGGCAUGAUGUUUGGAAAGAUGAGAGAAUUAAAGAAUUGAGUUAGGGACUAGGAUGUGACCUCAGACUGUGCUAAAUUUUUUUUUAAAAGUGAGUUUUGAGACCAUGGUACGGCGGCGAUCCGUAUGU